CGGCGCGGGGCCCCGCGGUAGCCUCCGGCCGCUCGCUUAGACCUGCCGCAGACCCAGCGCGGGCAACGAAACUGCAGCCAUGACCACCCACGUCACCCUGGAAGAUGCCCUGUCCAACGUGGACCUGCUGGAAGAGCUGCCCCUCCCUGAUCAGCAGCCGUGCAUCGAGCCCCCACCUUCCUCCAUCAUGUACCAGGCUAACUUUGACACAAACUUCGAGGACAGGAAUGCAUUUGUCACAGGCAUUGCAAGGUACAUUGAGCAGGCUACAGUGCACUCCAGCAUGAAUGAAAUGCUGGAGGAAGGGCACGAGUAUGCGGUCAUGCUAUACACCUGGCGCAGCUGCUCCCGGGCCAUCCCCCAGGUGAAAUGCAAUGAGCAGCCCAACCGAGUGGAGAUCUAUGAGAAGACGGUAGAAGUGCUGGAGCCUGAGGUCACCAAGCUCAUGAAGUUCAUGUACUUUCAGCGCAAAGCCAUCGAGCGGUUCUGCAGUGAGGUGAAGAGAUUGUGUCAUGCCGAGCGGCGGAAGGACUUUGUCUCCGAGGCCUACCUCCUGACCCUGGGCAAGUUCAUCAACAUGUUUGCAGUCUUGGACGAGCUGAAGAACAUGAAGUGCAGUGUCAAGAACGACCACUCUGCCUACAAGAGGGCAGCACAGUUCCUGAGGAAGAUGGCUGACCCCCAGUCCAUCCAGGAGUCGCAGAACCUGUCCAUGUUCCUGGCCAACCACAACAGGAUUACCCAGUGUCUCCACCAGCAGCUGGAAGUGAUCCCAGGCUACGAGGAGCUGCUGGCCGACAUUGUCAACAUCUGCGUGGAUUACUACGAGAACAAGAUGUAUCUGACCCCCAGUGAGAAGCACAUGCUCCUCAAGGUAAUGGGUUUCGGUCUGUACCUGAUGGAUGGGAAUGUCAGUAACAUUUACAAAUUGGAUGCCAAGAAGAGAAUCAACCUCAGCAAAAUUGAUAAGUUCUUUAAGCAGCUGCAGGUGGUGCCCCUUUUCGGCGACAUGCAGAUAGAGCUGGCCAGAUACAUUAAGACCAGUGCUCACUAUGAAGAGAACAAGUCCAAGUGGACGUGCACCCAGAGCAGCAUCAGCCCCCAGUACAAUAUCUGCGAGCAGAUGGUUCAGAUCCGCGAUGACCACAUCCGCUUCAUCUCGGAACUCGCUCGCUACAGCAACAGUGAGGUGGUGACGGGCUCCGGGCUGGACAGCCAGAAGUCAGACGAGGAGUACCGCGAGCUCUUUGACCUGGCCUUGCGGGGCCUGCAGCUCUUGUCCAAGUGGAGCGCCCACGUCAUGGAGGUGUACUCCUGGAAGCUGGUUCACCCCACGGACAAGUUCUGCAACAAGGACUGCCCGGGCACGGCCGAGGAGUACGAGCGAGCCACGCGCUACAACUACACCAGUGAGGAGAAGUUCGCCUUCGUCGAGGUGAUCGCCAUGAUCAAAGGCCUGCAGGUGCUCAUGGGCAGGAUGGAGAGCGUCUUCAACCAGGCCAUCAGGAACACCAUCUACGCAGCCCUGCAGGACUUUGCCCAGGUGACCCUGCGCGAGCCCCUCAGGCAGGCAGUACGGAAGAAGAAGAAUGUCCUCAUCAGCGUUCUACAGGCGAUUCGGAAAACCAUCUGUGACUGGGAGGGGGGCCGUGAGCCCCCCAAUGACCCAUGCUUGAAAGGGGAGAAGGACCCCAAGGGUGGAUUUGACAUCAAGGUGCCGCGGCGAGCCGUGGGUCCCUCCAGCACACAGGCCUGCCAGUGGUCCCCGCGGGCUUUGUUUCACCCCACUGGUGGCACACAGGGCCGAAGAGGCUGCCGAUCCUUGCUGUACAUGGUGCGGACCAUGCUUGAAUCGCUCAUCGCAGACAAAAGCGGUUCCAAGAAGACCCUGCGGAGCAGCCUGGAUGGACCCAUCGUCCUGGCCAUCGAAGACUUCCACAAGCAGUCCUUCUUCUUCACGCACCUGCUCAACAUCAGCGAAGCCCUGCAGCAGUGUUGUGACCUAUCCCAGCUCUGGUUCAGAGAAUUCUUCCUGGAGUUGACCAUGGGCCGACGAAUCCAGUUCCCCAUCGAGAUGUCCAUGCCCUGGAUUCUAACGGACCAUAUCUUGGAAACCAAAGAACCUUCCAUGAUGGAGUAUGUCCUCUAUCCUUUGGAUCUGUACAACGACAGCGCCUACUAUGCUCUGACCAAGUUUAAAAAGCAGUUCCUGUAUGAUGAGAUCGAAGCCGAGGUGAACCUGUGUUUUGAUCAGUUUGUCUACAAGCUGGCGGACCAGAUAUUUGCCUACUACAAAGCCAUGGCCGGCAGCGUCCUGUUGGAUAAACGUUUUAGGGCCGAAUGUAAGAAUUAUGGAGUCAUCAUUCCAUACCCACCAUCCAACCGCUAUGAAACUCUGUUGAAACAGAGACACGUCCAGCUGUUGGGUAGAUCCAUUGACUUGAACAGACUCAUUACCCAGCGCAUCUCUGCUGCCAUGUAUAAAUCCUUGGACCAGGCCAUCAGCCGCUUUGAGAGUGAGGACCUGACCUCAAUCGUGGAGCUGGAGUGGCUGCUGGAGAUCAACCGGCUCACACACCGGCUGCUGUGUAAACACAUGACCCUGGACAGCUUCGACGCCAUGUUUCGGGAGGCCAACCACAAUGUGUCCGCCCCCUACGGCCGAAUCACCCUUCACGUCUUCUGGGAGCUCAACUUCGACUUCCUCCCCAACUACUGCUAUAACGGCUCCACCAACCGUUUUGUCCGGACUGCCAUUCCUUUCACCCAGGAACCGCAGAGAGAUAAACCCGCCAACGUCCAGCCUUAUUACCUCUAUGGGUCCAAGCCUCUCAACAUCGCCUACAGCCACAUCUACAGCUCCUACAGGAACUUUGUGGGGCCCCCGCAUUUCAAGACCAUCUGCAGACUCCUUGGUUACCAGGGCAUUGCUGUGGUCAUGGAGGAACUGCUGAAGAUCGUCAAAAGCUUGCUCCAAGGGACCAUCCUCCAGUACGUGAAAACGCUGAUCGAGGUCAUGCCUAAGAUAUGCCGCCUGCCCCGGCAUGAGUAUGGCUCCCCAGGGAUCCUGGAGUUCUUUCACCACCAACUGAAGGACAUCAUCGAAUACGCAGAGCUCAAGACCGACGUGUUCCAGAGCCUGAGGGAGGUGGGCAAUGCCAUCCUGUUCUGCUUGCUUAUCGAGCAAGCUCUGUCUCAGGAAGAAGUCUGUGAUUUGCUUCAUGCUGCACCCUUCCAAAACAUCUUGCCUAGAGUCUACAUCAAAGAGGGUGAGCGUCUGGAGGUCCGGAUGAAACGCCUGGAAGCCAAGUAUGCCCCACUUCACCUGGUCCCUCUGAUAGAGCGGCUGGGGACCCCUCAGCAAAUUGCCAUUGCUCGGGAGGGCGACCUGCUGACCAAGGAGCGACUAUGCUGCGGGCUAUCCAUGUUCGAGGUCAUCCUGACCCGCAUCCGGAGCUACCUGCAGGAUCCUGUCUGGCGGGGCCCACCGCCCACCAAUGGUGUCAUGCAUGUGGACGAGUGCGUGGAAUUCCACCGUCUCUGGAGUGCCAUGCAGUUCGUCUACUGCAUCCCCGUGGGAACCAACGAGUUCACAGCUGAGCAGUGUUUUGGAGACGGCUUGAACUGGGCUGGCUGCUCCAUCAUCGUCCUCCUGGGCCAGCAGCGUCGCUUCGACCUGUUUGACUUCUGUUACCACCUGCUCAAAGUACAGAGGCAGGACGGGAAAGAUGAAAUCAUUAAGAAUGUGCCCCUGAAGAAGAUGGCAGACAGGAUCAGGAAAUACCAGAUCUUGAACAAUGAGGUUUUUGCCAUCCUGAACAAGUACAUGAAGUCUGUGGAGACAGACAGUUCCACCGUGGAGCAUGUGCGCUGCUUCCAGCCACCCAUCCACCAGUCUCUGGCCACCACCUGCUAGGCGGAAGGUCCUGCAAACCUCUAGCUGGAGGAGAAGAAGCAGGAGAGAGAAAGCCACGGCCAGCCUGCAACAGGGUCCGACUGGACAAUGUGUGAGAUGGACCUGGAAGCACACAAGAACCUCCCCAAACACAUCUGCACCUCCCGAGGGCUGGGCCUCUGCAUGCUCUCCCAUGACAUCUCCAUGGUGGUUUUUCCAUAGUGUAAAUGAAAAAAAAAGAAGAAAAGAAACAGGGCAGUACUUGCUUUUUUCUCUUUUUCCCCUCAGCUGUGUUAAGAGCCCUAGUUUCACCCUUUCUCCAUCUCAUGGUCCCCACAUCCGUGGUUGCUACCCAACACCUCCUCCCCUGAUUGUGACCUCCUGCACAGUGCCCACAUGCAACCCCAGGACUGAAGUCUUAGAGAUGGAGAAAAGAGUGUGGCCAUUCCCCAAGAUGUCAGCCUGGCUUGAUGGGCAUGCUUCCACUUCCAAGCAUCUUCACCUCCUCUGGCUCCCUUCCCCCACUUCCCACGGUGUCAUCUUGUCCUGCUCCGGAUGCCAGGGAUUCAACAACCAAGUGUACUCCUGGACCAGGCACUGAGAGCCGUGGUGGAUGGGAGACGAGGUUCCUGGUAUCAGUACCGUAGCAGAUGGUGUUGAGAUGUUGCCUUUGGCCUUCCAUGGACUCUUAAAACCACAUUCUGACUCCCCUCUCAGGGCACUCCUAGGGAGAACUCAGAAAUGCAUUCACAGCUGGAAUGAGUGAAUGGAAUUGGGGUAGGAAGAUGGUCAGGCCUGCUGUGUAGAAGCAGUAUAUAUGAACACAGCCAGGAAUUCCAUAGUCCAAAACAGAAAGCUGUUAGAACACUUCAUCAGGUGGAUGGUGAGAGACUCCUUUAUUCAUUGAACAAAUACUUAGCACCAAGUCACAGAGAGAGUGAACACUGGACUACUGGCCAGACAUGCACUGCCCACAGCAUUAGCCAGCAACCAAAUUAGGGGCCACUUCUUGGCACAGAAUCUCUCAUCAAGAAAAACCCUAACAAGAAAGAAAAUAUUAAAGGGUUAUUUUAACAGAAUCCAGAAACACGUUGGGGUCAAGGAGGUAAGGAGUGUAAAUAAUACUUAUCAAUGAGCUUUUAAUACCAACCGACCCAGGGAUCAAACCCACAUCUCUUGCAUCUCCUGCAUUGGCAGGCAGAUUCUUUACCACUAGCACUACCUGGGAAGCCCCUUCAAUACUAAAAUACACCCAAAGAAGAACCCUGUUCUAAUGAAUCGGGAUUUUAUUGUCCAAGAAGCUGAAAGAUUCUGGAGACAUUUGACCUUUGGCUUCUAUUCUUUGAUGUUCCUUAACUUAGAUUCUGAGAUACAGGUCAUAUCUCACAGGGACAUUGUUUUUAUUCAGUUGCUCAGUCAUGUCCGACUAUUUGCAACCCCAUGGACUGCAGCACACUGGGCUUCCCUGUUCUU